UACCACUGUCAUCUCAUUCAUGGAAGUGCACAACGGCAGAGGAUUGGGGGAGUUACUGAAUGUGGUAAUCCGAUGCCCCUCAACUAGCUUUUCUUCCCUAGGAACGAUCACGAUUAUGCGAGAAUAAGUGAGCCUGAGUUUGAGACGAAUAUUGGUUCCCAUAGUUUGCCAAUUCAUUUUCGUUUCGCCACGCAUUGCAAAAGAAUAGGAAUGGGCAAAAUCGCAAAGAUCGAGUACUUCCGCGUUCCUCCCCGCUGGCUGUUCGUCAAGAUCACAGAUGAAGAUGGACAUAUCGGUUGGGGUGAAGCAUCUCUGGAAGGCCAUACACAGGCCGUAGAAGGGUGUCUCGACGCGUGGGCGGAGAGAUAUGUAGGAUUUGAAGCAGAUGACAUUGAGCACAUAUGGCAAAUGUGCUGGCGGACCUCCUUCUACCGUGGUGGGCCAGUCUUCAUGUCCGCACUAGCGGGCAUCGACAUUGCACUAUGGGACCUCAAGGCGCGCAAACUCAACGUUCCCGUGUACCAACUGCUCGGCGGCAAGGUCCGCGACAAGCUAAAAGUAUAUGCCUGGAUUGGUGGCGAUCGUCCAGGGGACGUCGAGAAACAAGCCCAGACUAGAAAAGCGCAGGGCUUCAACGCUGUAAAGAUGAAUGCAACCGAAGAUAUUGGUUGGCUUGAUAGCCCCUCCAAGCUUGAUGCGGCUGUCGAAAGAUUGAAGACUGUCAAGGCGCUGGGGAUGGAUGCGGGAAUGGAUUUCCAUGGGCGUGUCCACAAGCCGAUGGCCAAACAGCUUGCUGCAGCACUGGAGCCUCAUCGACCGCUCUUCAUUGAAGAGCCCCUUCUCUCGGAGCACAUUGGAGGGAUAAAAGCUCUGGCUCAAGUAACCUCCUGUCCUAUAGCGCUAGGCGAACGUCUUCACAGUCGAUGGGACGUUCGUCCUUUCUUGGAAGCGGGAUGUGUCGACAUUCUCCAACCUGACAUCUCACACUGCGGUGGCAUAUCAGAAAUGAAGCGCAUAGCGGCCAUGUGUGAAGGCUACGAUGUAGCACUGGCCCCGCACUGUCCGCUUGGCCCGAUUGCGCUGGCCGCAUGCGUCCAGGUAGACGCUACAUGUGCGAAUUUUGCAAUUCAAGAGAUGAGCUUGGGGAUCCACUAUAACGCUGGGAGCCAGGACUUAACGUCGUAUACGAAGAAUCCUGAAGUAUGGAAUGUGUCUGACGGGUAUAUUGACUUGCCCAAAGGCCCUGGCCUAGGCAUCGAGGUGGAUGAGGACAUGGUCCGGGAGUUAUCUAAGGAUGCAAAAGCUUGGGUGAGUCCUGGGUUUAUUGGGCCCGGAGGGGAGAUUCGCGAAUGGUGAUAGUGUAGGGUGAAAGGAUGGAAGUAGAAGUAUGUCGAGUGGUAGAAGAGAUGCAAGGGAUCUGAAGAGAGUCGGCCGUUAUAUGCAUUGAACAC